UUAAGGUACAAAAACAUGUUUUCCCAAAACAAUUGGUUAGAAGAAAAAUAGUCCCAAUGUAGAAGAGAAGUAGUGUUGCGCAAAUUUAUCCACUCCCCCCGGUUUCCCAUUUCUCAUCUCCGUAUUCACAAAGCCUAGAAAGAGUCUUAUCCACAAUCCAUAGCACCAAUUCCCCAACUGAAAGAGCCACUGCCAGAGCUACAAUGGCGAUGCUCUGUGCUUCCUCCUCUACACCCACUUUCUCUUUACAUUCCUCUCUCACCAAUGGAACCACAAGUAACAGAAGCAUUCCCACAAACUCACUCCUUGUUGCCUUUCCACUCCCACAUUCAAAAUCUUCUUUUCUUCUAACCCAGACCACCAUUCCUCUAACCUCCAACUCCAAGAGGUCGGCCCUUCGAGUGCGAGCUCAAGAGCUGGAUCGUGUCCCUUUGGAACAACGGUGGAUGUUCGAGGGCGACGAGCUCGACGGCCCUGAUAUAUGGAAUAAAACGUGGUACCCGAAGGCUGCAGAUCAUGUGAACACAGAAAAACCUUGGUAUGUGGUUGAUGCCACUGAUAAGAUUUUGGGAAGACUAGCUUCGACCAUUGCCAAUCAUAUCCGAGGGAAGGAUUUGCCAACCUAUACUCCUAGUGUGGAUAUGGGGGCUUUUGUGAUUGUGGUAAAUGCAGAAAAAGUUGCGGUGUCUGGUAAAAAGAGGACUCAGAAACUAUACAGGAGGCAUUCAGGGCGACCGGGUGGUAUGACUGUAGAAACUUUUGACCAGCUACAGCAGAGAAUUCCUGAAAGAAUUAUCGAGCAUGCUGUUCGUGGUAUGCUUCCAAAAGGGAGGCUUGGAAGAGCACUCUUUAACCACUUGAAGGUUUACAAAGGACCAGACCAUCCACACGAGGCACAAAAGCCAGUUGAGCUGCCAAUUAGGGACAAAAGGAUAAACAAAGAAAGAUAGUAUAUGAACUACUAAGAGCAAACAAUGGACGAAGAGACAACGCUCUCUUGUAUGAGGUUUUCUAUGUUCAUAUAAUCGAGUUAGAGUUUCCAUGCUUCAACUCAAUUUGAUAUCAGCAUUUGUUCUGUAAUUUGAUUCCAAAUUCUAGUAUCUUAAUCCAAAGUUGCGUUUGCAAAGUUAUUAAA